CAACCAUAGGUAGCCUUCAGUUCUCAUGAGGAGAACAAUAAAUCCCCCUGAAGGCUCCAACAGUUCUGCUGCUGACAACAAUCAGAACACCAAAUCCCCUCAAAGGCUCAAACAGUUCUCCUAUGAGAACACGAAAUCCCCUUGAAGGCUCAAACAGUUCUUUUAUGAUCGGUUUGACGUUUCAAUUUCACGAAAAUUCCUGAAACAACAACAACGUCGGUUGCAUCUUCGCUUGUUAAAACAAGUGAAAAAACGUUUAAAUUAGUGAAAAAAUGUAGUGUAAAAUAAGUGAAACAGUAGUGUACCAUCGUAGUAAGCUGAGGUAAGUGUAGUUCACCGAAAAUACGUGUUUGUUUUUUGUCCGCCGCAGCAUCCGCAGCAUCGUGAUCGUGACGCAGUUACUGAUAUUAUGAAGGAACACCGGAUGAUAAGAAAGGCUAUGGGAUGAGGUAAGUACGCCGGUCGUGCAUCAUCAUCGGGCGCAAUAGCAGCAUUCGGUACAUCAUGUGCAGUAGACACAGCAGCCGGUGCAAGUACCUCAUCCGAUGUUACGUGGAGUGCUAGUUACCGGUACGCAGAAUGGGGGAGGUGAAGGAUGCGCUCACCUUUCGAACAGUGAUGCUCCGUUGCCAGCCCGUACGCCAUACGUGAAUGGUGCCGGUGGUGUGCCGAAGGAAAUCGCCGGUGGUGAGUGGAGUGCGGAGACGAUAGAGGACAUCAAUGCGACUACAGCGGUGCUUGCCCUGAAGCAUGGACCGAAAAUUGUCAUCGAAAACUCCUUCCGUAAUGGCACGCCACCGGCUAUCACAUCACCGCAGCGCGGGAGACCGAUCGGCUACGGCCCUGAUCGUCAAUGAGGGGUCCCCUCUGCUGAUCGGGAAUGGUAGCAGCUGCUGCUCGUCAUCCGACGAACGGAUCCACAAUGAAUUGCUGCGGCAUGCACUGACGCAUCAUCCGCUCCAUCACCACCACCAUUCUAACCCAGUGUGCAUUUUGUAGACCCCUCUGCCUGCGACGCAGCGAGAGGAAGGCUGAGGAGGUUGAAAACGAAACCCCCGCGGCCUGCGACGGGGUCGAGGAAGGGGCAAAUGCGACGCUCACUAUGAAACCGCUCGUAGGCAGCGGGGGAAAGAGCGGAAGAAACCCAGAGGA